CUGGAUAGCUUGUGCUUUGGCAGUCAGCUGAGGAUGAUUGGCUCCUGGAGACCCCCCACCCCCUCGCCGAUUGGGUGGCGGCAGCGAAGCCGGGGAUUGGUGGAGCUCGCAGAGCUGGGUCUCAGCAGCCUGGGCUCCAGCUCCAGGGACAAGGUAGAAAUGGCGACUGCAGCUUGGUUACUGGGUCGGCGUGUGGCGAGCUGGAGGAUACGACCGCCGCUACAGUCGCUUGCUGGACUGAUUACCCAGCGGACCAAUUCGCUGUUGCCCGUAGACGAUGCAAUCAAUGGGCUGAACGAGGAGCAGAAGCAGCUUCGUCAGACCGUGGCUAAGUUCCUUCAGGAGCAUCUAGCCCCCCAGGCCCAGGAGAUCGACCAAAGUAAUGAGUUCAAGAACCUGCGAGAGUUUUGGAAGCAGCUGGGGAACCUGGGAGUCUUGGGCAUCACAGCUCCUGUUCAGUAUGGUGGUUCUGGCCUGGGCUUCCUGGAACACGUGCUGGUGAUGGAGGAGAUAUCCCGAGUGUCUGGAGCAGUGGGGCUCAGUUAUGGAGCCCACUCCAACCUCUGUAUCAACCAAAUUGUGCGGAAUGGAAACGAGACCCAGAAGGAGAAGUACCUCCCCAAGCUGAUAAGUGGUGAAUACAUUGGAGCCCUGGCCAUGAGUGAGCCCAAUGCUGGCUCUGAUGUUGUCUCCAUGAAGCUGAAAGCAGAAAAGAAAGGAGAUCACUAUGUCCUGAAUGGCAACAAGUUCUGGAUCACCAACGGUCCUGAUGCAGAUGUCCUAGUUGUCUAUGCCAAGACUGAUGUGACUGUUGUGCCAGCUUCUCGGGGCAUCACAGCCUUCAUUGUGGAGAAGGGGAUGCCGGGCUUCAGCACCUCCAAGAAGCUGGACAAGCUAGGGAUGAGGGGCUCCAACACCUGUGAGCUGGUCUUCGAAGACUGCGAGGUUCCUGCUGCCAACAUCCUGGGCCACCUAGGUAAGGGCGUCUAUGUGCUGAUGAGUGGGCUGGACCUGGAGCGGCUGGUGCUGGCCGGUGGGCCCCUUGGGAUCAUGCAGGCCGUCCUCGACCACACUAUUCCCUACCUGCACAUGAGGGAGGCCUUUGGCCAGAAGAUAGGCCACUUCCAGCUGAUGCAGGGGAAGAUGGCAGAUAUGUACACCCGUCUCAUGGCCUGCCGUCAGUACGUCUACAAUGUUGCCAAGGCCUGUGAUGAGGGCCACUGCACUGCCAAGAGCCUCCGCCCGCAGGACUGUGCAGGGGUGAUUCUUUACUCGGCCGAGUGUGCCACACAGGUAGCCCUGGACGGCAUCCAGUGUUUGGGUGGCAAUGGCUACAUCAAUGACUUUCCCAUGGGCCGCUUUCUGAGAGAUGCCAAGCUAUAUGAGAUCGGGGCUGGGACCAGUGAAGUGAGGCGGCUCGUCAUUGGCAGAGCUUUCAAUGCAGACUUCCGCUAACCCCUAGACCCUUCACCCUGCUUCCCAGCACCUUGAGGCCUUUCUCUGGAAGGACAGCUGCCGCAGGUCUCCUCCCAGCAGGCCCCACCCACUGGCUCAGAAGUGUGCAGUGACUUAACAAGGAGUCCUCAGGAAAUAGGCUGGCUUCUCUGGGGCUUUGGUGACUGUGCCCUUGCUCUCUAACUUCCAAGCCUGGUGCUCCCCCUCCCAGGAGGGGCGCCUUUUCCUUGGAUGAGCCUGUGUCAGGGAACCCUCUGCUCAAGUACACCAGAAGUAUUACCAAGUUCAUUAAUUUGAACUUGGUAGUCUCUUUUCUUUCUGGGGAAGAAUACCCACAAAACCCAGCCUUUGUUUCUACCAGUUUCUAUGAGGCAUUAACUUUCAUCAGUGUGUGAGUGGGAACUCCCACUGCAGCCUCCUCCGUCCCUCAUUUGUUAGAGCUGGAAUUCCAUCACUCUGGGGCAGAGCUCUAGGAACAGGCAUUUCAGAACACCUGUGCCACCCAGAAUCCACAGUGGGCAGAGGUCUGCAUGCUCGUGAAGGCUGGGCUUGAUGCCUCCAGCACCACCCUGCCAGUGCCACUGUCCAUUCCUGGCCAUGUGACAACCCCCAGCUGACUGGGCAGCAGGCCUGGGUUGGCUGGCCCGACUCCAGCCAAGGCUGCCUGCACACAUGUCUCUGGACACCCUGUGGCUAUUUGUUACCACUCCACAGUGGCUGUUGCCACUUUGUAUUAAACAUAUCAUGAAGCAAACCCAUCUGCUUCUAAACUGGUGUUUUGGGAGAGAAGCAGUCUACUUGUCCCUGCCUUCUGUCUGGCUCCAGCCCUGUGUCCUUGGAGCACAGCUGAUCCAUGCCCUGCUUCCGGUCUGCUCACUGGUGAUGGGAGACACAGGGGUGGAAUCAACCCACAAGAGAGAGGAGUACUCAGUCCCCCUUUUCCAGAUCUUGCAGUGAUUUGUAAAGAAAGGAGGGAUCCCAGAGUGGAAAAAGUCUUGGAGCCAGAAGGAAACUUAUAAAUUGCCAGAAACCAUCCCCAUGUUUUUUUUAAAAGACCAAGACAAUUUGGUUUUCCCCAAAUCAGAACUGGAGUUAGAAUCCAGAUCAGCAGAAAUAGGGGUUCUGAGAAUGCCAGCAUGAAGCCCCACUUGGGGCUUGGAUGGAGCACAGUCACGGUGUGAAAGUUUUGGGUUGUUCCACCCCAUCUGAGUUCCCUAAAAGACCUGGUUUUCUUGGUCCGCAGCCCAGCGGCGCCUGUUCUGACUUUUGGUCCUGGCCUGUAGCCAGGAGCUGUUCCCAGCCUGAUGCUUGUGACAGGUGCUAUCGGUUCCUUGCCAACCCCCACCCAGUCCUAUGCUGAGAGGCUUGUGGCCCUGUCCCUUUAGUUUGCCACCCUGCUCCCUACUGUGCUGGAGAUGAAUGUGGCUAAAAUGGUGGUCUUGCUGGGCUUAAAAUGUAACUGGGGACUUCCCUGGCAAUCCAAUGGUUAAGACUCUGUGCUUGCAAUGCAGUGGGUGCAAUUUUGAUCCCUGGUUGGAGAAUUAAGAUCCCACAUGCCGCAUGGUGCAGACAGAAAAUAAAUAAUAAUAAAUUUUUCAAAAUAAUAAAGUGUGGCUGGAAGCCCAAAAACAUCAGAAUGGGGUAUUUCAGCCAGUCAGUGAGGAUAAUGUAGCUCUGCCUCCAGCGUGGGGAGAACAAUGAUUUUCUAGAUGCUGUAUGUGAAAUAAAAACAUUUUAAAGUAAAGCCAAAAAA